AAUAAAUAUUACUGCGUCUUCACUUUAUGAACUACUCAUUUAGCAAAAUACAGUAAUCUGAACACAAGUGUGGAAUGUGUGUUGGGAGUAGCUUUUAAUGUAUUGAUCUUCAACAUAUACCAACUCAUUUCAGCAUAUUGAUUAUGAAUUUGGACAUUUAAAAACCGGAUGUGUAUAAAGUCUGACAUUUGGGCUAUAAAUCAAAAAGGCAUGACAACAGGAAACAGCAACAGUAUCACACUUUCGAUGUUUAUUUUGGGAAUAUAAAUGGUACUUUUAAUUAACAUCAUUUUCCCAACAGGAUUCUACUUCUUAGUCAGGUUAAAAACAACGGGACGAGCCUUAUAAACUUGACUGUGAUUUAUAGAUUUGAAUCAUAUUAGUGAAAUCGUGAUGAUGACUUUGUCCCGGCGAUGAACGUGUUCUGUUAGCUGGUCUGUCAUUAAGGAGGAGCAGUCUGCCUAUACUCUCCCGAUACAACUGGUUGAUGGAAUUUCUGUCCUCUCAAUGACAGGGAAUAUUGAGCAUGAAGAGGAAGCAGAGGAGGUAAAGACACGAGGAAACAACGAGGAAACACUGAGGAGAAGUAAAGUGUUACCAUGGUGACACUGUGGAGUGUUCCAUGCUGAAUCGUUCCAGAUCAUUCUAGAGCCCUGAGUGGAGUCAAAGUCUCCUGAUAACUCUUCCUGGAUCUCUGUAACCUUCUGGGAUGAAGAGGUUGCCCUGAGCAACACAGAGCUCACACAGGCACAGGCAGGUUCUAGAUGGAGUGAGACGGUCCUAUUUCAACGAACCAAAGCACGACUCUGGCAGUGACAUGACCACCACCAUGCUCCAACCAACUGAAGCACAUUGCUGAAGAUUCAGAAGAUGGAGGGAGGAGAGGGGAGGAGACAGAAGAUGGAGGGAGGAGAGACGAUGAGAGAGAAGAUGGAGGGAGGAGAGAGGAGGAGACAGGGGAUGGAGGGAGGAGAGAGGAGAAGAGAGAGAAUGAGAGGAGGUGGUGGAGGGGUGUACGUGUGGCUCCUCCUGGUGUGUAUGUUGCUGGGGGAUGUCCUGGGCUGGGUGACCCCUGGAGUUCAUGUUGGGGUCGAGGCUCAGGCCAAUGAAAGGAGAGUCCUGGCUCACAUUCCUGGUGACAUCAUCAUAGGAGCGCUGUUCUCUGUUCACCACCAACCUCCUGCAGACAAGGUCCAUGAGCGUAAAUGUGGAGCUGUCAGAGAACAGUAUGGCAUCCAACGUGUGGAGGCCAUGAUGCACACUCUGGACCUGAUCAACUCUGACCCUCACCUCCUCCCCAACAUCACCCUGGGCUGUGAGAUCAGGGACUCUUGCUGGCACAGUGCAGUGGCAUUAGAACAGAGCAUAGAGUUUAUCAGAGACACGCUGGUCUCCAACGAGGAGGAGGAGAGUCUGAGCCUGGGGAAAUGUCUGGGGGAGGACGGGAUAGAGAUGACCCCUGUUAGAGGGAAGAAACCCAUUGUAGGAUUGAUAGGACCGGGUUCCAGCUCUGUGGCCAUCCAGGUGCAGAACCUGCUACAGCUGUUCAACAUACCACAGAUCGCUUACUCUGCUACCAGCAUGGACCUCAGCGACAAGAGUCUGUAUAAGUACUUCAUGAGGGUGGUGCCGUCGGAUGCUCAGCAAGCCAGAGCUAUGGUGGACAUCGUCAAGAGAUACAACUGGAGCUACGUCUCUGCUAUACACACAGAGGGUAACUAUGGUGAGAGUGGUAUGGAAGCCUUUAAGGAACUGGCAGCUAGAGAGGGGAUCUGUAUCGCUCACUCGGAUAAGAUCUACAGCAACGCAGGGGAGCACAACUUUGACAAGCUGCUGGAGAAGCUGAGAGGACACCUUCCCAAGGCUCGGGUGGUGGCGUGCUUCUGCGAGGGCAUGACUGUACGGGGCAUACUGAUGGCAAUGAGACGGAAACACCUGGUGGGGGAGUUCCUACUGGUGGGGAGUGAUGGCUGGGCUGACCGGUAUGAUGUGACAGAUGGAUAUCAGCAAGAGGCUGCGGGGGGAAUAACUAUAAAGCUGAAGUCAGCCUACAUCCCCUGGUUCGACGACUACUACUUGGCUCUGCAACCAGAUGACAACACCAGGAACCCCUGGUUCACUGAGUUCUGGCAGCACCGGUUCCAAUGUAGACUAAAGGGACACGCACAGGAGAACACCAAGUACAACCGUACCUGCAAUAGUAGAGAGUCUCUCCGGCAGCAGUAUGCCCAGGACACUAAGAUGGGUUUUGUCAUCAACGCUAUCUACUCCAUGGCUUAUGGACUACACACUAUGCAGCAGACAGUCUGCCCAGGAUACCAAGGUCUUUGUGAUGCCAUGCGUCCUAUCGACGGUCGUAAGCUGCUGGAGUUCCUGAUGAGGACCAACUUCACUGGAGUCUCUGGAGAAACUAUCCAUUUUGACCAGAACGGAGACUCACCGGGCAGGUAUGAGAUCAUGAACUUUAAGCGUCUGGGCGGUGAUGGUGGCGUGGAGCAGUACAGUUAUAUCCAUGUGGGGAGCUGGGACCAGGGAGGACUGAUGAUGGACGACGAAGAGAUGUGGGCUAACGCCUCCACCAUUAUACAGUCUGUCUGCUCUGAACCCUGCCAGAAGGCACAGAUCAAGGUGAUCCGUAAAGGUGAGGUCAGCUGCUGCUGGACCUGUACUCCCUGUAAAGACAAUGAGUUUGUGUUUGAUGAGUACACCUGCCGCGCCUGUGACCUGGGGGCCUGGCCUACCGACGACUUGACAGGUUGUGAGCCUAUCCCGGUGCAGUAUGUGCGUUGGGGAGACCCUGAACCCAUAGCAGCAGUGGUGUUUGCCUGUCUGGGGCUCAUGGCUACUCUGUUUGUUACCUCCAUAUUCAUCAGGUUCUAUGACACCCCGGUAGUGAAGUCGAGCAGUAGAGAGCUGUGUUACAUCAUCCUGGCUGGCAUCUGUCUGGGCUAUCUCUGUACCUUCAGCCUCAUCGCCAAGCCCCACGCUGCACACUGUUACCUACAGAGACUGGGGAUAGGACUGUCCCCUGCCAUGAGCUACUCUGCCCUGGUCACUAAGACUAACCGUAUCGCCCGAAUCCUGGCUGGUAGUAAGAAGAAGAUCUGUACCAAGAAGCCCAGGUUCAUGUCAGCCUGUGCUCAGCUGGUCAUCGCCUCCCUACUCAUCCUGCUACAACUAGGAAUCAUAGUAGCUCUGUUCAUUAUGCAACCACCACAGGUGAUCUAUGACUACCCCAGUAUCAGCGAGGUCCAUCUGAUCUGCAACCUGACCACACUCGGAGUUGUAACUCCUCUGGGUUAUAACGGCCUGCUCAUCCUCAGCUGUACCUUCUACGCCUUUAAGACCCGUAACGUUCCUGCUAACUUCAACGAGGCUAAGUACAUAGCCUUCACCAUGUACACCACCUGCAUCAUCUGGCUGGCCUUCGUCCCGAUCUACUUCGGCUCCAACUACAAGAUCAUCACCAUGUGUUUCAGUGUUAGUCUCUCUGCUACUGUGGCUCUCUGCUGCAUGUUCGCCCCCAAGGUAUACAUCAUGCUGGCAAAGCCGGAGAAGAACGUACGGAGUGCCUUUACCACCUCUACCCAGGUCCGUAUGCAUGUAGGGGAUGCCAAGACAGCCGCUAACGCUGCCAAACCCAAGACCAUGGCUGGACUCUUCAGAAGGAAGGGGUCUGAAGAAAACCUCAGCUCCAACGGCAAGUCGGUGUCGUGGUCUCAGAAUGAGCGUAGCGGCUACAGACCCAACCUGUGGAAGAGGAUCUCUAUCCACAUCAAGAAGAAGGAGGAGGUCAACCAGACAGCUAUCAUUAAGCCCUUCUCUAAGGGGGCGGGCACCCCCGACCUCGCCCCCGCCACGCCCCAACUUGGGGACAGGGGGGUCUAUGACGAACCUCAGGGGGCACAGCAUUACCCCCCUGGAACCUACCCCUGCCCUCCCUCGCCUCAUGUUGGAGCAUACCGCCGCUGUCCCUCCUCACCCUCCCCACUAGCCCUGCCCACCGUCAGCCAAAGGGUGGGAGGCUUCCAUCCCUGCCCUCCCUCGCCUCACGCUGGAACCUACCACCCAUGUCCCCCCCGGGGGGCUCAGGGGUCCCAGGACGGAGAGGAGAUCAGGGCUCUGCCAUCCUACAUGACAGAGAGGCCUCAGACAAGGGUGUAUGGUGGGGUGGGCAAGAUGGGGGGUGGUGGUAGGGGUGUAGGUAUGGGGGGCAUAGGUGAUAUUGGUGGUGGUGGUGGUGGUAGGGGUGUAGGUAUGGGGGGCAUAGGUGAUAUUGGUGGUGGUGGUAGGGGUGUAGGUAUGGGGGGCAUAGGUGAUAUUGGUGGUGGUGGUGGUGGUAGAGGUGUAGGUAUGGGGGGCAUAGGUGAUAUUGGUGGUGGUGGUAGGGGUGGUGGUGGUAGGGGUGUCGGUAUGGGGGGCAUAGGUGAUAUUGGUGGUGUUGGUGGGGUUGGUAAUACUGGUGUGGGUGAUUUAGACAUGGGUAUAGGUGACAGGGGUAUUGGUGUGGGCACGGUGGGCAGUCAGCCCCAGGGCUCCAACAUCAUGGAUCAGAUUAGCUGUGUGGUGAACCGUUUCACCGCCAAUAUCAGCCAGCUCAACAACAUGAUGCUCCCUGGGUCGCCACCGGAGGGAGCUGACCCCCCUCCUCCGGGUCCAGGCCUCGCCCCCGCCCCAUGCCCUCCUCCCUACAUCCUACCCCGCACCCGACAGCCAAAUACCACAGUCACCACCUACGCUGAAGUAGCAGCCGUCGCCGCCUCUAACCAUGGCAACCCCCGGGUAGGCGGGUCGGUCGGUGUGGUCUAUGGUCCUGGGGGCGGGGUGUGUGGUACUGCAGCGGUGAGAACCACAGAGCUGCUGGAGGAGCUGGCUGCUCUGGCCCCUCCUUCCCCGUUUAGAGACUCCUCCCUGGAGUCGUCUGGCGCCACGCCCCCCUCCCUGGCCUCGGAGUCUGCCCUGGGUGAGCCCUGUCCCCCGGGGAAAUAUGACAGACUGAUGCUACGGCACUACAGCCAGAGCUCCUCUUCCCUGUAAACUCCUCCUCCUCUUCCCUGUAAACUCCUCCUCCUCUUCCCUGUAAACUCCUCCUCCUCUUCCUCCUCUUCCCUGUAAACUCCUCCUCCUCUUCCCUGUAAACUCCCCCUCCUCUACUAGAGAUGUGUUCUGUGGAAUAAGAGGUCAGAAUAUGAAGUUUUGCAUUUGGAGAUUUAGUUGUGUACAAUUGGAGAAACAGGGAAUGAGAGGAGAGCUGUGCAACAGUGCUGGAUGAGCUACACAAUAUUUACUCAACUUUAUUUCCUUUCCUUGGAUAAGAGCCAUAGUUUCUCCCCCCUGAGAGUGUUGGGGGGACGCAAGGAGGAGAGACAGGGGGAGGGCCUCAGGACCGCAGUACAGCCACAUUAAAGGGUCUCAGGACCGCAGUACAGCCACAUUAAAGGGUCUCAGGACCGCAGUACAGCCACAUUAAAGGGUCUCAGGACCGCAGUACAGCCACAUUAAAGGGUCUCAGGACCGCAGUACAGCCACAUUAAAGGGCCUCAGGACCGCAGUACAGCCACAUUAAAGGGUCUCAGGACCGCAGUACAGCCACAUUAAAGGGCCUCAGGACCGCAGUACAGCCACAUUAAAGGGUCUCAGGACCGCAGUACAGCUUCACUGAAGACUAGAAGUAAAGACAUGCUGUUGCUGCCAGCUGAGCUGAUGGCUGACUGACUGACUGACUGACUGACUGACUGCCUGACUGCCUGGCUGACUGACUGACUGCCUGGCUGACUGCCUGACUGGCUGACUA